AUGCAGGCCCCCGUGCUGGUGAUGAACACCGGAGGCGGUGAGAGACAGACUGGCCGCAAGGCGCAGCUGUCCAACAUCGCAGCGGCCAAGACGGUCGCCGACAUCAUUCGGUCGUGCCUGGGCCCCAAGGCCAUGCUCAAAAUGCUGCUCGACCCAAUGGGCGGCAUUGUCCUGACCAACGACGGCCACGCGAUUCUGCGCGAGAUUGAGGUGUCGCACCCGGCCGCCAAGAGCAUGAUCGAGCUGAGCCGGACACAAGACGAGGAGGUCGGCGACGGCACAACGACGGUCAUCAUCCUGGCCGGCGAGAUCCUGGCCCAGGCGCUGCCACAACUCGAGCGCAACAUCCACCCGGUCGUCAUCAUUUCUGCCUUUAAGCGCGCCCUCAAGGACGCGCUCGAAAUCAUAGAAGAGAUCUCGCUGCCCAUUGACAUUGACGACGACAAGGCCAUGUACGGCCUCAUCAACUCCUCGAUCGGCACCAAGUUUGUGUCCCGCUGGUCGAAGCUCAUGUGCGACCUGGCCCUCAAGGCCGUCCGCACCGUCGUCUGGGACAUUGGCAACGGCGGUCGCCCCGAGGUCGACAUCAAGCGCUACGCACGCGUCGAGAAGGUGCCCGGCGGCGAGAUCGAGGACAGCCGCGUGCUCGACGGCGUGAUGCUCAACAAGGACAUUACGCACCCCAAGAUGCGCCGGACGAUUGAGAACCCGCGCAUCGUGCUGCUGGACUGCCCGCUCGAGUACAAGAAGGGCGAGUCGCAGACCAACAUUGAGAUCUCCAAGGAGGAGGACUGGAACCGCAUCUUGCAGAUUGAGGAGGAGCAGGUCAAGGCCAUGUGCGACGCGGUGCUCGCCGUCCAUCCGGACAUUGUCAUCACAGAAAAGGGCGUCUCCGACCUGGCACAGCACUACCUGCUCAAGGCCAACGUGACGGCCCUGCGCCGCGUGCGCAAGACGGACAACAACCGAAUCGCCCGCGCCACCGGCGCCACGAUUGUCAACCGCGUCGAGGACCUGCAGGAGUCGGAUGUCGGCACCAAGUGCGGUCUCUUUGCGAUUGAGAAGAUUGGCGACGAGUACUUUACCUUUUUGACCAAGUGCACCACCCCCAAGGCCUGCACGAUCCUGCUGCGCGGCCCGUCCAAGGACAUCCUCAACGAGAUUGAGCGCAACCUGCAAGACGCCAUGGGCGUCGCCCGCAACGUCAUGUUCAAUCCGCGGCUGUCGCCCGGCGGCGGUGCCACCGAAAUGGCCGUGUCCGUGCGGCUGGGCCAGCUGGCCAAGAACAUUGAGGGUGUGCAGCAGUGGCCGUACAAGGCCGUGGCCGAUGCGCUCGAGGUGAUCCCGCGGACGCUGAUCCAGAAUGCCGGCCAGAGCCCCGUGCGCGUGAUCACGGACCUGCGCGCCAAGCACGCCGAGGGCAAGAGCACGUGGGGCAUCAACGGCGAUGCGGGCACGUUGGUGGACAUGAAGGAGUACGGUGUGUGGGAGCCGGAGGCGAUCAAGGUGCAGAGCAUCAAGACGGCGAUCGAGGCCGCCUGCUUGUUGCUGAGAGUCGACGACAUCUGCAGUGCCAAGAAGGCACAACCAGGUGUGGGCACGGGUGCUGGUGGUGACGAAUAG